AUGGGUCACCCUAUCAACAAACGCCAGCCAGUUUUCCCCAACCCUGUAUUGCCUGGCUUUGAUCUGUUUCCUGGCGAUCCGUUCGGUACAAACGUAGACCCUACAGGCUUCCCGGCCGUUGGUGAUAUUGCUAUGAAUAAUCCAGCGGUUGCCCCGGGCGACGAUGACGUUGGUGCCUUGGGCCCACUAGCUGGAGUUGUCAAUAAUUUGUUUGGCAAUGGCAACGAUUUGCCUUUCCCUGAGCUGCCAUAA